GCCUGGUGGGUCACUCUAGGUCUGAAGAGAGAGAAGAGAAAAGAGGGAGCAAGGAAGUGAGUGAAAGAAAGGGAGGAGGGGUAAGGGUCAGCUUGAGGUCCAGAUCAUUUGUAGCAGAUAAAACAUGACCUUUGCGUGCAUGUGCAUGCACUUACGCAUGCACACACACACAAACACACACACACACACACACACUGCCCUGGUGCCUGCAAAUCUGGAGGAAAUCAAAUGGACCCCUCUGUCCUAGCACCCUGCACCCCCUCUCCGCCCAGUUCCAAACCAACCUUUUAAGAAUAAAAUAAAAUGUUAUUUGUCACAUGCUUCGUAAACAACAGGUGUAGACUAUCAGUGAAACACUUACUUACAGGUCCAACAAUGCAUAGUAAAAAAAAAAAAAAUUAUAGAAUGUGCCUGCACCUUUAUUAACUCCUAAAUGUGGCAGGUUGAACUGGUUGGUUACAGAGUGCAUGUUGAGGAGCUGUUAAGUGCACAUUUAUAGCCAUAUCUUACAGAAGCAAAACAAACCAAGGGGCUGAACAACUAAUGCGUGCAGUCUUAAAUGGUUCCAGUGGUAUGUAACAGAGAGCUACUAGAGCUCGAAUCUCAGUCUAAUAUCAGAAAGCACACACACAUAUGCUUCUUUAUCAGAUCAUUAGAUUGGACUAAUGGAGUUUUACUCAACCCAAAGCAUGUGAGCGAUCUGCACACAUCUGCUCCUAGUUACGAGGGUACGAGGGUGUGUGUGUGUGUGUGUGGUUAUGAGAGUGAAAGUCCCUGAUUCAUUGGCAGGGAUUGUAUAUUAUCAUGGAGAGUGACUCUGUGGUUUCUUUCUGAGUAACAUAAAACCUCCUAUUAGUCAUCUAUAAAAAGAGAGAGAUAGAAAUGAAGAUGCAUAAUGUGUGUGUGUGUGUGUGUGUGUGUGUGUGUGUGUGUGUGUGUGUGUGUGUGUGUGUGUGUGUGUGUGUGUGUGUGUGUGUGUGUGUGUGUGUAUGUGUGUGUGUGUGUGUGAUCGAUAAUAAAGGAGGCGAGGUGAAUCCCCAUGUCCCAGGAGAUAUGGAGGAGAUGAGGUAGUUCAUCCUGGUUGAGGAUGCUGUGUGUCAUCUAUGAAGACAGAGCUGUUUAUAGAAGCUGAGAUAAACUCUGAUACUCUUGCUCAUGUGCAUCAUGCUGUUAUCACUGGGACUUUUCCACUGAUUUUCCACUGAGAUAUACCUACCCAACAUAUUGUUCAACAGUGAGUGAGUGGGGUAGAGGAGUAAAGUGGGAGGAGAGCUGCCAGUGUGUAAUAUGGCUGGCGCUGAGAGAGAGAGAGAGAGAGAGAGAGAGAGAGAGAGAGAGAGGUCCACGGUGUGUUUCUACUCAGAGGCAUCUCUGCUGUAGCUGAGUGAAAAUCCCCAGUCUCUUCGUCCCGUCGUCUGGACCUUAUCAACGGACGGCAAUACCUUUAAUAUUAUUGGGAUAUCAUACCAGUAAUAGUUUGGAUAUCGUGAACAGCCUUUGAAGCAACCAUGUGGAUUUACAACAUUAUUUUUAUGCUCUUAAUCAUCCACUAUUCUGGUAAGUUUAGGAGACAGUCACAAUAGGAAUUCAGCCUUACAGCUUGUUAUUGAGAUUCAGCAUAGUUGUUUAACUUUUCUCCAGCCCGGUCCCACCAAAACUUAGCUUAGCCUACAUUGCAUUUUUUAUUUAUUAAAAUCUUAUUUUAUGAAGGUAGGCCCUGAGCCUAAUGUCGAAUGGUAGAGUUUUUUUUUUUUUUAACAAAAUAACACAACACAAUAACCUGUGUAAAAUCUGUUACCUUGCAGUCAGCUCGGCAAGUUUUCCAUUCUAACUGACUAUCAUCUCUCGAUCUUGCAAAGGGAACAUGUCAGGGCAGAAGAGUUUUGAUUAGAUUAAAAAGUGUCAUCCUACAAAACUAAACUGUAAACAUAAACAACAAAAACGUUUUGCGCUGCUCUCUGUGGGGAAUAGAGAAACUGUGGACCCCAUCUCUAUAGACUUUGUGAUGAUUCUACAGCAAACUUGCGUAACAUUAUUUUAUUUUUGAAAAGCCAAGAGAACCCUGUGUGCUUGGCUGCCCGCCUAUUCUUAUAUAUAUAAAACUGCAUCUAACGAUCUGUAGCGCGAGAUGCAGCCUCUCAGGUAGAAGCACGUGCACCAUCUCCCGCUCUCAUAUCUCCAUUCAGCUAUAGAUGUGCUGGUGAAACUAUAGACAAUGUAAAUCUGCAGUUUUCUCUCACGAUAAUCACUAAUUCUAAAGCUUCUAGACGAGUCUGACAUGGACUCUCUGGUCCCAGUGCUUUCACUAUUUAGAAGGAAAGUAUAUAACGUUUGUUAUAGGCUAUUGAUAAUAUUUGUGUAGGCUAGGUAUUUAUCCGUAUCAUGCCUCAUAUUAAGUUACGCACUUUUUUAUCUUUUACUUUUAUUGAGGAGGAGAAUACCGGAGUACUAAGAAACAGACAUAUAGCCUGACUUUCUGCUACUGGGCUGUUUAUGUAUUUAUGUAUGAGUCAACACAGCAUGGUGUGGUGAUGUGAAACAACGUAAUUAGUCAAUCAAUCCCUGCUGGAGAGGGAGGGGGAUUGAGACAAACUGUGUGUGUGUGUGUGUGUGUGUGUAUGUGUGUGUGUGUGUGAGAGAGAGAGAGAGAGAGAGAGAGAGAGAGAGAGAGGAGAGAGAGAGAGAGAGAGAGAGAGAGAGAGAGAGAGAGAGAGAGAGAGAGAGAGAGAGAGAGAGAGAGAGAGAGAGAGAGAGAGAGGAAUGCAUCCCAUUAAGCCAUUGAUAUUAAUGGCAGUGGAACCAGGCUAAUUGACACAUCAUGAUGCUGCUGGGUUUGUCUCAGUCCUGAUGAGAACAUCAACACAGCCUCACUGGCCAGGGUGUGGACACUGCAUUCAACACCUUCAUUUCAUGCUGUGUGUGUGUGUGUGUGUGCGUUAGAGUGCAGGAGGAAUGCAUUGCAGGACUACCAGAGGAGCGACAGUGUGCGAUUGGUCCAGCUGCCAGACUCCACCCUCCAGACUAAAAGCAGGAAGUUAAGCAUAGUGAAGUGUGCCCGGGGCUGCAGCCGCAACAAGAGACUACCCUUCACCUGCAGGUACGUGUGGUGCAUCUGUGACAAUCUCCUGGGUGUCUGUGCCUGUAGCUUCACCUGCUGUGUCUCUAUAACUAUCCCAUCUCCUUAUUAUGUUUUGGCUUCUAUGGGGAUUGUUUUUCACCUGUAGGUAGAUAUAUUUAUUGUCCAAGCCAUUAUGACAUCAUCCCCUGGCCUUCCUUGGCAGCAGCCCAAACUCUCCACAGUAAAUAUGGCUGCUCUCACUCUUACUAUAGUCUAAUACCCUCCCAUUCUCUAAUGAGAUGUCUGAUUUCUCUUAGUGUCGUUCAGCAGCAGCAAGCAUGAGUCUGGUAUGCAGGACUAGGUUUCCCCUGACAAACUGAGUCCUCUCUGCCAUCUCCUCUCAGCAGUAGCAGGCUUUGGGUCAAUCCUAUUUAAAUUCAGGACACAUACUGUAUAGUCUCAGCCAGGUCGCUCAAGAUCCACUGCGAAAUCCGACAUCCAUCCAGGUAAGUAGGACGUUUAGAGAUGACUUCAAAACUGGCCACUAGAGGCAACGGUGAGCGCUAUUACCAUGAAGUAGGCUUGGAGUUUGCUAGGGUGUUCUGGACAGGGAUGGCUGAGUUCCGGCUCCGAGGUUUGCGUGUUUAAUCCCUGUGCUAGGCACUAAUUUUUUAUUUGUUUGCUUUAAACCUAUCCCAAAACUUAACCCUUACCAUUCAAUGCCUAAACUUAGCCUUCGAUGUAUAAUUUAUUUUUUACCCCUUUUUUCAUGGUAUCCAAUUGGUAGUUACAGUCUUGUCCCAUCACUGCAACUCCCGUACGGACUCGGGAGAGGCGAAGGUCUUUUCCCAUGCGUCCCCCGAAACACGACCCUGACAAGCCACACUGCUUCUUGACACACUGCUCGCUUAACCCGGAAGCCAGCCGCACCAAUGUGUCGGAGGAAACACUGUACAACUGGCGACCGUGUCAGCGUGCAUGCGCCCGGCCCGCCACAGGAGUCACUAGAGUGCGAUGGGACAAGGACAUCCCGGCUGGCCAAACCCUCCCCUAACCCGGACGAUGCUGGGCCAAAUGUGCGUCGCCUCAUGGGUCUCCCGGUCGCAGCCGGCUGCGACACAGCCCGGGAUCGAACCCAGAUCUGUAGUGACGCCUCAAGCAUUGCAGUGCCUUAGACCGCUGCGCCACUCGGGAGGUCUGGCCUCCAAAAUUUGACAUUUAUUGGCAAAUGUCAGAUUCUGCAGUGAGACUGUGAGAGCAUGUUGAUAGACUACUGUCUGCAUGUUAAUUGUAAGUUGAUCUGGAUAAGCAUGCCUGCUAAAUUAUUAUAUUACGUAAAUCGAUCAAUAUCUCCCUCCCUUCCUGCCUCUCUCUCUCUCUCUCUCUAGAGCAUUCCUGUACGAUCAGAAAAACAGGAAAUGCCAGUGGCUUUCGUUUGACAGGAACUCACCAGGAGUCCAUAGCCAACAUGACUUCAACUACCAACUCUACCAGAAGAAAUGUACUGUAUACCAUCUCUCUCUCUCUCUCUCUCUCUCUCUCUCCCUCUCUCUCUCUCUCUCUUCUCUCUCUCUCUCUCUCUCUCCUCUCUCUCUCUCUCUCUCUUCUCACUCUCUCUCUCUCUCUUCUCACUCUCUGUGUGUAGAAAGGCACUGCAGUGCUUACACUAUGUGUCUAAAGCAGGACUGCAUCUCUUUCUGUUUGUAUCAUCAGAGUUUGGUAGCCGGGUUAGUAUUCUCAUGUAUUUGUGCAGUGAAAUUUAACAUUAUGGUGGAUGUGAGACUUGUCUUAAUAUGCUCUGUCAGAUGAGUAAAACAGAAAAGCAUAUUUUUUCAGAUUCUGUUCUUGCAAACACUCACAGUCUGUUUUUCCAUUCCUUUUGUUGACACUCUCUCUCUCUCUCUCUCUCUCGCUCUAGCCUAUGUGCAGGAGUGCAUAGUGGGGACAGGAGUGAACUACAGAGGGAGGAGGUCAGUAACAGCCAAUGGAAUAAAGUGCCAGGCCUGGGCCUCUCCUAUCCCUCAUGAACACAAGUAAGCUAGAGCCUGUGUUUGUGCGUGUGUGCAUGUGUGCCUGUGUGUGUGUAUAUAUAGUGAUACAUUGGAUGCUGAUUAGUCCUAAGGGACUAGUCAUUCAUCAGUGCUAGUCCUCUCUGACCUCACUCUAACACUUUACACAGUCAGGGAUCAUUUCCUGUUGUAGUCACACUGUUUGUGUGUGUGUGUGUGUGUGUGUGUGUGUGUGUGUGUGUGUGUGUGUGAGAGAGAGAGAGAGAGAGAGAGAGAGAGAGAGUUUAUACUGUAGUAAAACCUAAUUAAUUAAGUGAUAAAGUAUACAACCUGUGACAAACAGCAGCCCUGAUACAGACAUAGUAGCAGAGGAUGAUGAUAAGCAGCCUUGUUACAGGAACAGAGAGAGAGAGAGAGAGUGAGAGGGACAGGGAGGAGAGGACAGCGAGAGAGAGAGAAAGAGAGAGAGAGAGAGAGAGCGAUAACAGAGACGUCUUGUGCCAGAAGUUCAUUAGAACAACACAACCAGAGGACAACCAACCAUAACAACAACCUCCCCCCUUCCUCAUCCUUCCUCUUCCUCCCAUCCUCCUCUCUUGUUCUCCUCCUACCUCCCCCUUCUCAUCUUUUUUCCUCUUCUCCUCUUCUCCUUUCUCCUCUCUCCUCUCUUCUCCUCUCCAGUGAGCUCACACUGGGGCAAACACACACACCUCUAUCACACCGUUACGAUAUGUUGCAUUGUGUUGCCUAACUCUGUGCCUUCCAAACUGUUUCAGCUGUGACCCAUAUAAACCAAAUUAUCAUGUGACUCAGCAAACAAAACCACAAUCUAGUGACGACCUCAGUCAGUACGUAGAUGUGUAUGACUCACAGUUUUGUUUAACUACCACGUUUCACAACACAUGGAGCAGGCCUGAUCUACACUACACAAUGGAGAUUUCUCUUCUACCUCUCAACUUUCUGCACCAGAUAGAAAUUGAAAAUUGUCCUGAUUUUGGGAGAUAUUGAUUAACACUAACUGAAGUCCUUCUCUCUCUCCAGUUUCCUACCGAGGAGGAACAGGAAGAAGGACCUGAGAGAGAACUACUGUCGUAACCCUGACAACGCUACCUCAGGACCAUGGUGCUUCACUACAGACCACAAUGUCAGACACCAGGACUGUGGAGUACCUCAAUGCUCACAGGGUAGGACACAUACACACAUGUCCAUUUCCUUUUACAGUAAACCAUUUAACGGCACUGUCAGAUAUGAGCUCUCCCUUCUCCCUGUUGCACUGGACCAUAGCCUGCUGUGGUAUCUACAACUGGAUGACACAAACUGUCACAGGAUAAAUUAUCCUCUGUGGAUACUUAAAAAUAUAUUUAUAGUUAAUAAACAGCUGACAGUGAUGUGAUUAGGUGUGUAUGAGAAUACACAAGACUAUCAGGGAUGUGUGUGUGUGAGGGAGGAUCUACAGGGUUGUUUUCAGAGUCUGAGGAAAUGUAGUGGGUCUGUCCAGAGAGAGUGUGUGUUCUGGUCCAAAGGUCAAAUGACUGGAUAGGUUGAUUUGAAAAUAAGUUUCCAGUAAUGACAAACACUACACACACAUGCACACGCACACACACAGUGAUUGUUGACUCAUUUGACUUAAAAGGAGCCAUUUUACAUUAUAUUCUAAAUAGAUAGACAGGACAAUUAUCCAGAAACAAUUGUGGUAUACCACCUCAUGUUGUUUAUGAAGUACAGUAUAUGCAAAAAUAAUGUCUGUGUCAUGUGAGAAGAUUAAAAUAUCACCCGUGUGUGUGUCCAGUGGAGUGUGUGAGCUGUAACGGGGAGAGCUACAGAGGUCCCAUGGAUCACACAGAGACAGGAUGGGAGUGUCAGCGCUGGGACCUGGAGGAACCACACAAACACCUCUUCAACCCCAAGAGGUAACACACACAUAUGCACACACACGCACACAAAAACACAAACAUACACACACUCACUUUCUCUCAGUAUGAGGCUCUGGGGCCUCUUCAUUACAGAAACAAAGGGAUGAUUAAAGAUGUGUUAAUGAGUCUAUCACUAAUCCACACCACCUGCUGCUGGGGCAGGACACACAAACACACACACCCUUCACCUCUGUGAUUAAGACAGCACCUCUGAAUCGCUGUUAGUAUUGUAUAUUUUUAUUAUUCUUAUUCUUAUUAAUCUUUAAUCAGGGGAGCCCAGUUGAGACCAGAGUCUAAUUUUCAAUGGUGCCCUGAGACCAUAAAGUAAUAGAACAAGUACAUUACAUUAAAUAAAAUAAAAUACAAUUUUAUUGGUCACAUACACGUGUUUGGCAGAUGUUAUUGCGGGUGUAGCGAAAUGCUUGUGUUUCUAGCUCCGACAGUGCAGUAAUAUCUAACAUUUUCACAACAUAUACCCAAUACACACAUCUAAGUAAAGCAUUGGAAUUUAGAAUAAAUAAAUAAAUGAGCAAUGUCAGAGCGGCAUAGACUAAGAUACAGUAGAACAGUAUAGAAUACAGUCCCAUGUAGCUCAGUUGGUAGAGCAUGGCACUUGUGGGUUCGAUUCCCACGGGGGACCAGUAUGAAAAUGUAUGCGCUCACUAAAUGUAAGUCACUCUGGAUAAGAGCGUCUGCUAAAUGACUAAAAUGUAAAAAUGUACAGGAUAUACAUAUGAGAUGAGUAAUGCAAGAUAUGUAAACAUUAUUAAAGUGACUAGUGUUCCAUUUAUUAAAGUGGCCAGUGAUUUCUAAUCUGUGUAUAUAGGCAGCAGCCUCUAAUGUGCUAGUGAAAGCUGUUUAACAGUCUGAUGGCCUUGAGAUAGAAGCUGUUUUUCAGUCUCUCUGUCCCAUCUUUGAUGCACCUGUACUGAUCUCGCCUUCUUGAUGAUAGCGGUAUGUGAACAGGCAGUGGCUCGGGUGGUUGUUGUCCUUGAUGGUCUUUUUGGCCUUCCUGUGACAUCGGGUGCUGUAGCUGUCCUGGAGGGCUGGUAGUCAUCACCAACAUCACAGCCAUCAUAAACAAGUUAUUCAAUCAUUCAAUAAAAAUAAUUGCACACCUCGGUGAACUCAUUUAUCAUCAGGGUUUUAAAAUGCCCUAGUGGCACCAGGGAAUACAAAUGUAAUUAAUUGUAUAAGUGAUUCCAAAAAUGUGGAGCGUGAAAACUAAAAACGGAUUUAUCUAAUUCCGUGGAGACUCGAGGAAUCUGAAAAGCUAACCAACCCUGUGAAGGGUUUGUUAUCUCAUUAUUUUAUACGUUAGCAAAGCAGUUAGGUAAGUUGGAAGCUUGUGUAGUAGGGCUUUGUAAACAAAAAGGGAGUAAUUAAUUGAUCUAUGGGACUUUAAUGAGGACCAGCUAACCUCUUGAUACAGGAUGCAGUGGUGAGUAUUAAAACUAUCACCAGGAGGAAUGAGAUCACCUGCACUAUAACUACAUUUUUGGGUGGAAACCUGUUGCCUAGAGACAUUUGAGUAACCCAACUCAAAGUAUUUCAGUGUUCAACACUUAGUAACCAUAUGGUUAUCUUUUUAAUUUGUAAAUACAAACUGUAUUCUGAACUAUAAAGAUUGAAGUUGCUUGAACAAGAUACAAUUGUAGGAUCCCUUCUACGUAAAUGAUUAACUAUCAUUACAAAAACAUUUUCAAGUGUAAGUAGUAAGUAGUUCUGAUUAGUAAUUUUCAGUGAUUGUGUCUUAAUGUUUAACGUUUAAUGUAAUUGAUGAUUUGUCAUUUUAACCCACCUUAGCAGGAAUUGUUUAGGACAGUGCUCAUUCCUCUAGCAGUAACUGGAAGAAGAGCUGUAAGCAUGACAUGAUGCUGCAUUAGCCCCUGUCAUUAAGAGUGGUUCAUAUGACCUUGUUGAUGGUGGGAAUGGCUUGUCUUAUUAUUGAAUGUAAAUUUGCCCAAUGGUUUUGAUAUCCGUUCAUCAUAAUCAAUUACCCCCUAAGUACACAACAAACUGUUUAAUAAUAUUUUAUAAAUCAACUUUUCUUUCUUCAAACAUGCAUACAACAUUGUGUAAAAGUAUCAUAAAGUCAAAAAAUAUUGAAUUACCCACAAUCUUCUCAAAACAGAGCCACAAGACACUAUUAAGUAUUCAUAACUUGCAAAAUUUUUAUAAUUAUAUAUCCGCACAACACAUAUAAAUCAAGUGUUUUUUACCCAAAUAUCAAUGUGUCUGACAAAUACUUUAUUAUUUUAAGUAAAGACAUAAAAAAUAAUAGAAUCAAGUAAGAACAAUUUAUUUAAUAAAUGUUAAAUUAACUUUAGAUUAGCAGAACACAAAUAAAUACAUUUAUAUUUACUCAAUAACUUAAUAUUUGUUAAUUUCUUUCCAUUUGUUUCAUUCUGAGCAGAACCAUUACUUUUACAUUCUGUUCCACUGUUCCGACCAGCAAAAUAAAGUUCUGAACCGGUUCGAAUCCAAAAAAAGUAAAACAAAAGUUUCUAUUGUUCCUUUCUGUUCCUUUUCAAACCCCUGAAAUAUUUUUAUAUUUUCAAUUUCUUUAAUGAGUUAGGCAGUUACCUUUUACAGUGUGCAGUGGAGCAGUCUGCUCUGCCCGUAGAGGUCCUGUGGCCAACACACACACACUUAUAGAUAAUCACACAUGCAUGCACACACACACCUUACUAAUAUUGAGUUGCAACUCCCCCCUUUUGCCCUCAGAACAGCCUCAAUUCGUAGGGGCAUGGACUCUACAAAGUGUAAAAAGCGUUCCACAGAUGUGUCAAAUUGGCUGGAUGUCCUUUCGGUGGUGGACCAAUCUUGAUACACACAGGAAACUGUUGAGCGUGAAAAACCCAGCAGCAUUGCAGUUCUUGAAACAAACCGGUGCACCUGGCAUCUACAACCAUACCCCGUUCAAAGGCAUUUAAAUAUUUUGUCUUGCCCAUUCACCCUCUGAAUGGCACACAUACACAAUCCAUGUCUCAAUUGUCUCAAGGCUUGAAAAUCAUUUUUUAACCAGUCUCCUCCUCUUCAUCUACACUGAUUGAAGUGGAUUUAACAAGUGACAUCAAUAAGGGAUCAUAGCUUUCACCUGGAUUCACUUGGUCAGUCUAUGUCAUGGAAAGAGCAUGUUUCCUGAAUGUUUUGUACACUCAGUGUACACACACACUUACAGUGCUUUCAGAAAGUAUUCACCUCCCCCUCAUUGCUUUUUCCACAUGUUGUUGUGUUACAGCUCACAUUUAAAAUGGUUUAAAUGUAGAUGUUUGGUCACUGGCCUACGUACACAAUACUUUUUUUACUAAUUCAUAAAAAAUGAAAAAAUGAAAUGUCUUGAGUCCAUAAGUAUUCAACCCCUUUGUUAUGAUAAGCCUAAAUACAUUCAGGAGAAAAAAUGUGCUUAACAAGUAACAUAAUAAGUUGCAUGGACUCACUCUGUGUGCAAUAGUGUCUAACAAUUUUUUUUUUAUGACUACCUCAUCUCUGUACACCACACAUACAAUGAUCUAUAAGGUCCCUCAGUCAAGCAGUGAAUUUCAAAGACCACAAAAAAAAAAAAAACAUUGAAUAUGCCUUUGAGCAUGGUGAAGUUAUUAAUUACACUUCGGAUGGUGUAUCAAUACACCCAGUCACUACAACUCAAUUGCUGGAGAGGAAGGAAACCGCUCAGGGAUUUCACCAUGAGGCCAAUGGUGACUUUAAAACAGUUCUAGAGUUUAAUGGCUGUGAUAGAAAACACAUAAAACAUAAUUGGACAUUUAGCUAGCUAGCUUGCUGUUGCUAGCUAAUUUGUUCUGGGACAUAAACAUUGGGUUGUUAUUUUAACUGAAAUGCACAAGGUCCUUUUUUUCUGGAUCUUUGUAGAAUUUUGACCCAUUUUGAGUCAUACAAAAUCAUGUAUUCUCUAAUAUGACAAUUAAUCCACAGAUAAAAGGAGAAACCUAGUUAGUUUCUAGUAAUCUUUCCAACUUCAGUCUUCUUCUUCUUCUUCUUCUUCUCUGUGGACUUUAUAUGGUAAUUGGAAUCCAACUUUAAGGUGCAUUACCACCACCAACUGGACUGGAGUGUGGACCUCAGUUCAUCUUUCAAUCACCCACAUGGGUAUAUGCUCCUAAAAACCAAUGAGGAGAUGGGAGAGGUGGGACUUGCAAUGUGUCAACUGUCAAAAAUAGAACAAUGUUCAAAAAUAGAACCAAGUUCUAUUUUAGCGCCUGGCUACUCAGACCAUCGUUGACGCGUGCGAACAGUUUGGAUACAAUUAUUGAAUAACAUGUAUGUGUACAUUUAUUUUGCAAUGCUUGCGCAAACAAUGCGGGCGGUGUGGUCAGCAUGUUAGAGACUUACCAAGAAGAACUCACAGAUGUAAUCGCUGCCAAAGUUGCUUCUACAAACUAUUGACUCAGGGGUGUAAAUGUGACCUCCCGAGUGGCGCACUGCAUCGCAGUGCUAGCUGUGCCACUAGAGAUCCUGGUUCGAAUCCAGGCUCUGUCGUAGCCGGCCGCGACCAGGAGACCCAUGGGGCGGCACACAAUUGGCCCAGCGUUGUCCAGGGUAGGGGAGGGAAUGGCCGGCAGGGAUGUAGCUCAGUUGGUAGAGCAUGGCGUUUGCAACGCCAGGGUUGUGGGUUCGAUAUCCAUGGGGGGCCAGUAUGAAAAAAAAAAAAAAAAAAAAUGUAUGCACUCACUAACUGUAAAUCGCUCUGGAUAAGAGCGUCUGCUAAAUGACUAAAAUGUAAAUGAGAUAUUUCAUUUUCAAUAAAUUUCCAAAAAUGUCUAAAAACAUGUUUUCAAUUUGUCAUUAUGGGGUACUGUGUAGAUGGUUGAGAAAAAUAUACAGUUGAAGUCGGAAGUUUACAUAAUUUAAACUUAAUCCUAGUAAAAAUUCCUUGUCUUAGGUCAGUUAGGAUAACCACUUUAUUUUAAGAAUGUGAAAUGUCAGAAUAAUAGUAGAGAGAAUGAUUGAUUUCAGCUUUUAUUUAUUUCAUCACAUUCCCAGUGGGUCAGAAGUUUACAUACACUCAAUUAGUAUAUGGUAACAUUGCCUUUAAAUUGUUUAACUUGGGUCAAACGUUUCAGGUAGCCUUCCACAAGCUUCCCACAAUAAGUUGGGUGAAUUUUGGCCCAUUCCUCCUGACAGAGGUGUCGUAACUAAGUCAGGUUUGUAGGCCUCCUUGCUCGCACAUGCUUUUUCAGUUCUGCCCACACAUUUUUUAUAGGAUUGAGGUCAGGGCUUUGGGAUGGCCAGUCCAAUACCUUAAAUGUGUUGUCCUUAAGCCAUUUUGCCACAACUUUGGAAGUAUGCUUGGGGUCAUUGUCCAUUUGGAAGAUCCAUUUGCGACCAAGCUUUAACUUCCUGACUGAUGUCUUGAGAUGUUGCUACAGUAUAUUCACAAAAUUGUCCUUUCUCAUGAUGCCAUCUAUUUUGUGAAGUGCACCAGUCCCUCCUGCAGCAAAGCACCCCCACAGCAUGAUGCUGCCAGCCCCGUGCUUCACGGUUGGGAUGGUGUUCUUCGGCGUGCAAGCGGCCCCCUUUUUCCUCCAAACAUAACGAUGGUCAUUAUGGCCAAACAGUUCUAUUUUUGUUUCAUCAGACCAGAGGACAUUUCUCGAAAAAGUACGAUCUUUGUCCCCAUGUGUUGCAAACCGUUGUCUGGCUUUUUUAUGGCGGUUAUGAAGCAGUGGCUUCUUCCUUGCUGAGCGGCCUUUCAGGUUAUGUCGAUAUAGGACUUGUUUUACUGCGGAUUUAGAUACUUUUGUACCUGUUUCCUCCAGCAUCUUCACAAGGUCCUUUGCUGUUGUUCUGGGAUUGAUUUGCACUUUUCGCACCAAAGUACGUUCAUCUCUAGGAGACAGAACGCGUCUCCUUCCUGAGUGGUAUGACGGCUGCAUGGUCCCAUGGUGUUUAUACUUGCGUACUAUUGUCUGUACAGAUGAACGUGGUACCUUCAGGCAUUUGGAAAUUGCUCCCAAGGAUGAACCAGACUUGUGGAGGUCUUGGCUGAUUUCUUUUGAUUUUCCCAUGAUGUCAAGCAAAGAGUCACUGAGUUUGAAGGUAGACCUUGAAAUACAUCCACAGGUACACCUCCAACUGACUCAAAUGAUGUCAAUUACCCUAUCAGAAGCUUCUAAAGCCAUGACAUCAUUUCCUGGAAUUUUCCAAGCUGUUUAAAGGCACAGUCAACUUAGUGUAUGUGAACUUCUGACCCACUGGAAUUGUGAUACAGUGAAUUAUAAGUGAAAUAAACUGUCUGUAAACAAUUGUUGGAAAGAUUACUUGUGACAUGCACAAAGUAGAUGUCCUAACCGACUUGCCAAAACUAUAGUUUGUUAACAAGAAAUGUGUGGAGUGGUUGAAAAACAAGUUUUAAUGACUCCAACAUAAGUGUAUGUAAACUUCCGACUUCAACUGUAUAUUUAAUCCAUUUUGAAUUCAGUCUGUAACACAACAAAACAUAUGUGCACACACACACACACAAACAUACCGGCAUACCCGCUCUGCUCACUGCUCAUGUGUAUCUCCAUCUGUCCCAAUGACUUGUUGAAAUCCUACUCUUCCCUAUGUGUGUUGUUCUGUAGGUAUCCUGAUAAAGGCCUGGUUGAUAACUACUGUAGGAACCCAGAUGGACGUCAACGACCGUGGUGUUUCACCAUGGACGCACACACACCCUGGGAGUACUGCAACAUCACAGCCUGCUGUGAGUGUGUAUGUGUAUGUGUGUGUGCAUGUGUGCGUGUGUGUGUGUGUGUGUACACAAAGACACACCCACAUGCUUGCACAAACACACAUGUGUAUGCACACACACUUUAGAAAGUUCAGUUACUCUGCUAUAUAAACCUCAUGUCAGACACACAGAGGUCACACACAUUAUGCUCCAGUUACAUACAAGAUGAGGGGUGUGUGUGUGAAUGUUUAUGCGAUAGAGGAAGAGAGAGAAAUACAUCUCUAUAUUCAUCAUAUUUCUGCUUGUUGUGGGCUGAAGUGAAGAGAGUCUAUAGAAGGUUGACAGAGAACAGCACUUAAAAGCUGCAAGUGUGUUUGUUUUUCUCUGUCUGGCUCUUCUCUGCUCUGUUAGAGUCAUAAGGAGCUCUGGAACUGGAACUUUACAAAAUGGCAUCUUUUCAGUUGGACUCUCUCUUUCUUUGUCUCUGUGUUGUAUCUGAUACAGGCCUUGGAAGUCAACCCAGUCCAGUUUUAUGGUCUAACCCUUAAACGUGGUGUUAUUGAAACCAAGGCAGAAAGACAGACAUAGAAACAAAGUUUUAUUGUUUUGGCCUAUUCUCUUCCCUGUACCUGUCUUUAUUAUCCUCGCUAGUAGCAGUCUAUUUUUAGUCAGAUCCACAGAAAACUGUCUGUUUAGAUUCUGGAGAGUUAAUAGGCUACCUACCGUAUAUUUCUGGGAAAAAUGAGUCAGCAUUGUUUCUUUGUUAUUGCAACAUACUUCAUCAGCUAAAUGAGUACAAUGUAUUGUAUAGAAAAUGGAGCAGUUAAGUCCAAGUCAGCCUUGUCCUUGUUACAGUCUCUGAGUGGCACUGUUGCCUCAAGGAGAAACGUUCAGCAUAACAGAGGGUAUAGAUGAUAUGGCUAUGUUUACCAAAGUGCCUCCUUCUCUGUCUCUUUCUCUCUCUCCCUCUCUCAGCCACAGACAGUGUGGUGGAGGUGGAUGUAACUACUAGGUGUUUCUGGGGUCGAGGUGAGGGCUACAGAGGGUCAGUAGCAGUAACACCCAGUGGGGUGAUCUGUCAACGCUGGGACUCACAGUACCCCCACAACCACUCAUACAUUCCCCAGGACUACCACUGCAAGUGAGUGAACCACACUUGUAUGGACACACAUUGACAACUCUACACACAUUAUGUUUGUGAAUAUAUCUUUAUUGUGUGUGUGUGUGUGUGUGUGUGUGUGUGUGUGUGUGUGUGUGUGUGUGUGUGUGUGUGUGUGUGUGUGUGUGUGUGUGUGUGUGUGUGUGUGUGUGUGUGUGUGUGUGUGUGUGUGUGUGUGUGUGUGUGUGUGUGUGUGUGUGUGUGCAUGUGUGUGUGUUUCAGAGACCUGAGGGAGAACUACUGCAGGAACCCUGAUGGACGUGACCUCCCAUGGUGCUUCACUUCAGACCCUAAUGUUCGCACAGCGUUCUGCACUAACAUCCCCCGCUGUGGCAUACAGAACACUGAACCUCAAGGUGAGAGCCUAUUGUAGCAUUGAUCAAGGAGAUAAUACAAGUCUUCAGGUCUCAGACAAUCAUAGUUCAAUGAACCGCCAUUGUUAAAAUGUACAGCUUUUGGUAAAACUAGGUGAAUAGGCCUUAGGCUCCAAAUAAUUUUUAUUUUGACCCUGCAGAAUAGCAAAAUAAAUUGAUUCCUGAUGAAGAAAUGUUCAUGUGCUUGGCAGUUGUUCAGUUGUGUCCCUAAUGUGUCCCUUAAUUUGGUCAUUGUUUUGUUGCUGAAAAUUUUCCUGCACCGCAGGAAAUGCAGAUGAGCUUCAUGAUUUACAUAAAUUCACUGAAAACCCACAUUAACACACGGUUGUUUUAACAGUAUUCUACUUUUCAUGUAGACUACUUUUGGCCAGCUAAUAGCCUAACCACCCGAUCAUGCAUCCUGUUACUGCAUUAUCAGUGGUGUAAAGUACUGAAGUGAAAAUACUUUAAAGUACUAAGUCAUAUUUUACUUUACUAUUUAUAUUUUUGACAACUUUUACUUUUACUCCACUACAUUCCUAAACAAAAUAAUGUACUUUUUACUCCAUACAUUUCCCUGACACCCAAAAGUAGUCGUCACAUUUUGAAUGCUUAGCAGGACAGGAAAAUGGUCCAAUUCACACAGUUAUCAAGAGAACAUCCCUGGUCAUAUUGCCUCUAAUCUGGCGGACUCACUAAAUGCAAAUGUUUCGUUUGUAAAUUAUGUUGGAGUGUGCCCCUGGCUAUCCGUAAAUUUAAAAAACACAAAAAUGUUGCUGUCUGGAUUGCUUAAUAUGAGGAAUAGAAAAUUAUUCAUACUUUUACUUUUGAUACUUCAGUAUAUUUUAGCAAUUACAUUUACUUUUGAUACUUAAGUAUAUUUAAACCAAAUACUUUUAGACUUUUACUCAAGUAGUAUUUUACUGGGUGACUCACUUUUACUUGAGUAACUUUCUAUUAAGGUAUCUUUACUUUUACACAAGUAUGACAAUUGGCUACUUUUACCUGUGCAUUAUUUUGCUGUAACAAUAUAGGUCAAAUUAAGAUCCCACAUCUGUAGGACUCUGGGAAUGACAGCCCACUGCACAUAUAUAAACUAGCUCUGACAGCAUUACAACAUCGCUCUUUCAUAUUGGACAGUGAGGAGAGGAGGCUCUGUCCCAUUGGAUAGAGAGUAGAAGGAAGCUAUGAACCAUUGGAUAGAGCAGAGUAGGAAGCUAUGAACCAUUGGAUAGAGAGGAGAAGGAAGCUACUGUAUGUCCCAUUUAAUAGUAUAAAAAGGGAGCAGCUCUGAGGGAUUUUGUAGGAUUCAGAUUAUGUAGGGUUGUGUUUUUCUCACACUCAGAUGAGAACUUUGGGGCUGGGACAGUUUUGUGGUCAUGUUGUGGUCUACCAGUCAGGACAACAGAGAUCAGUAAAGUUUUGCUAAUAUAUUCCCCUGGGGUUGGUUUGGUCUGUAGCAUUCUGACUUUCAUUAGCUUGGUCUCAUACUGUGUGUGUGUUUGUUCCAGACUGCUACAAGGGUAGUGGAGAGAGCUACAGAGGAGAGGUUUCCAGGACCAGGUCAGGUCUUCCUUGUUCCCUCUGGAGUGACUACAGCAGCAGGUAACACAUCCACACACUACACAUCUGCAUGUGUGCCUGUGUGUGUGUGGGUGGAUGCCAGAGGGAGUGCCCUACCUUUAAGGAAAAAUCACAUGAAUUUCACAUGUAAACGCAUGAGGUGUUCCAAAAACACGUUUUUUUUGGAUGAUCUGACAUAUCAUAUGAAAUGGAUGGUGUAGUACACAAUUUGAUGACGUAGUUCACAAAAAAGAGACCACUUUUGGCUCGUGAGCGCCACUUUCAAAACUACUGGCUGAAAUUAUACGAAAGUCAGAGAGUGCAUCUUUAACCUGUAGUUGACCCCCUUGUUGGGACAUUUCCCAUGUCCCCAUAAGGACAAAGGCUAUUUUAAGCUUAGUGGUUAGGUUUAGGGUUAGGGUUACAAUUAGAGUUAGAAUUAAGGUUAGGGGUUAGGUUUAGGGUUAGGAGUUAGGGAAAACGUGUGUGUGUUUGUGUGUGUGUGUGUGUGUGUGUGUGUGUGUGUGUGUGUGUGUGUGUGUAUGUGAGGGUGUGUGUGUGUGUGUGUGGACGUGUUUAACUAUACUUGUGGGGACCAGAAUAGUAAACAAAUAAACAUUUGACCAACUGGGGACAUUUUGUUAGUCCCCACAAGGUAAAAUGCUAUUUCUAGUUUUUUUUUAGGGUUAAGGUUAGAAUUAGUGUUAGGGUUAGAAUACGGUUUAGGGUUAGGAGCUAGGAGCUAGGGUUAGUUUUAGGAUUAGGGUUAGGAGCUAGGGUUAGGUUUAGGGUUAAGGUUAGGUUUUGGGGUUAAGGUUAGGUUUAGGGUAAGGUUAAGGGUUAGGUUCAGGGUUAGGGGUUAGGGAAAAUAGGAUUUUGAAUGGGACUGAAUUGAGUGUCCCCACAAGGUGUGUGUGUGUGUGUGUGUGUGUGUGUGUGAUUAAGCAUCUGGGGGACACACUUCAGGCCUCACCUCUGACCCUGAGCCUCCUCCUUUUUUGGAACACUUCACACUUCAAAGCCAAACAGCUCCUCUGCUUGGCUCCCACCCAGGGGUUAAAUGUCAGACGUCAGGGAUAGGGUUUAAUAUUUUCCUGGUAUUUUACAAAUCUUUCAUCCCGAGAAUAAAUCACUUUUCUCCCAGGUAACCCAGUAAUUCCCGUCAAAACCGGAAGUGUCAUUCUAAAGCAUGUAAAUAGGUCUCGAUUUGAUUAGAGCUUUGAUCGGCAUUAAAAUUCAAGCCUGAUGCUACCUGAGCCUGAUGAGCCAUACCAUUAAAUACAUUUUAUGAGCCCAAGACCAAAAAAGCGUACAUUAUUGUGCAGUUAUCCAAGACAGCAUAUAUAAUAUACUUUAUAUGAUACUGCACAUUAUGCAUGACAGAAAAACAUAAAAGCCUAUAGAUGUAGCUACGCUCUCUUUUGUAAAUAAAUUUCAGCUCCAUUAGGCUAAUAAUUUUGAGUGUGAAUUUAAUUACUGUACUGUAUUAUACUGAAUUAUAUGACUGGAAUUACACACCUCUUUCGAUGAAGCUGGGAGAGAACAUGCAAUGCUGAUGCAGGAUAUGUGUACUACAAAAUUACAAUUACAGUGAGGGAAAAAAGUAUUUGAUCCCCUGCUGAUUUUGUACAUUUGCCCACUGACAAAGAAAUGAUCAGUCUAUCAUUUUAAUAUUAGGUUUAUUUGAACAGUGCGAGACAGAAUAACAACCAAAAAAUCCAGCAAAACGCAUGUCAAAAUUUUUAUAAAUUGAUUUACAUUUGAAUGAGGGAAAUAAGUAUUUGACCCCCUCUCAAUCAGAAAGAUUUCUGGCUCCCAGGUGUCUUUUAUACAGGUAACGAGCUGAGAUUAGGAGCACACUCUUAAAGGGAGUGCUCCUAAUCUCAGAUUGUUACAUGUAUAAAAGACACCUGUGACAACAGUUGGUGCGAUUAUUCGCAAAUGGAAGAAACACAAAAGAACUGUCAAUCUCCCUCGGCCUGGGGCUCCAUGCAAGAUCUCACCUCGUGGAGUUGCAAUGAUCAUGAGAACGGUGAGGAAUCAGCCCAGAACUACACAGGAGGAUCUUAUCAAUGAUCUCAAGGCAGCUGGGACCAUAGUCACCAAGAAAACAAUUGAUAACACACUACGCCGUGAAGGACUGAAAUCCUGCAGCGCCCGCAAGGUCCCCCUGCUCAAGAAAGCACAUAUACAGGGCCGUCUGAAGUUUGCCAAUGAACAUCUGAAUGAUUCAGAGGAGAACUGGGUGAAUAUGUUGUGGUCAGAUGAGACCAAAAUCGAGCUCUUUGGCAUCAACUCAACUCGCCGUGUUUGGAGGAGGAGGAAGGCUGCCUAUGACCCCAAGAACACCAUCCCCACCGUCAAACAUGGAGGUGGAAACAUUAUGCUUUGGGGGUGUUUUUCUGCUAAGGGGAAAGGACAACUUCACCGCAUCAAAGGGACAAUGGACGGGGCCAUGUACUGUCAAAUCUUGGGUGAGAACCUCCUUCCCUCAGCCAGGGCAUUGAAAAUGGGUCGUGGAUGGGUAUUCCAGCAUGACAAUGACCCAAAACACACGGCCAAGGCAACAAAGGAGUGGCUCAAGAAGAAGCACAUUAAGGUCCUGGAGUGGCCUAGCCAGUCUUCAGACCUUAAUCCCAUAGAAAAUCUGUGGAGGGAGCUGAAGGUUCGAGUUGCCAAACGUCAGCCUCGAAACCUUAAUGACUUGGAGAAGAUCUGCAAAGAGGAGUGGGACAAAAUCCCUCCUGAGAUGUGUGCAAACCUGGUGGCCAACUAUAAGAAACGUCUGACCUCUGGGAUUGCCGACAAGGCUUUUGCCACCAAGUACUAAGUCAUGUUUUGCAGAGGAGAAAAUAAUUAUUUCCCUCAUUAAAAUGCAAAUCAAUUUAUAAAAUUUUUGACAUGUGUUUUUCUGGAUUUUUUUGUUGUUAUUCUGUCUCUCACUGUUCAAAUAAACCUACCAUUAAAAUUAUAGACUGAUCAUGUCUUUGUCAGUGGGCAAACGUACAAAAAUCAGCAGGGGAUCAAAUACUUUAAUAAUAUUUCCCCUAAUGUUGUGUGACGUGCAUAUUAGUCUACCUCCUUAGAAUCUGAUGCAUAACCCAUCAUUCGUUACCUACAUAUACAUUUAAUUUAUUACCUAAAAGAGGUAGGGUAGGACAUCUCUACCGCUCGCUCUCUACCACUUUCUGUCUGUCUGUCUGUCUGUCUGUCUGUCUGUCUGUCUGUCUGUCUGUCUGUCUGUCUGUCUGUCUGUCUGUCUGUCUGUCUGUCUGUCUGUCUGUCUGUCUGUCUGUCUGUCUGUCUGUCUGUCUGUGUCUGUCUGUCUGUCUCUGUCUCUCUCUCUAUAUAUAUAUAUAUAUAUAUAUAUAUAUAUAUAUAUAUAUAUAUAAAUAUAUAUAUAUAUAUAUAUAUAUAUAUAUAUAUAUAUAAAUAUAUAUAUAUAUAUAUAUAUAUAUAUACAUACAUAUAUAAAAUUGAAGUCGGAAGUUUACAUACACUUAGGUUGGAGUCACUAAAACUUGUUUUUCAACCACUCCACACAUUUCUUGUUUACAAACUAUAGUUUUGGUAAGUCGGUUAGGACAUCUACUUUGUGCAUGACACAAGUAAUUUUUCCAACAAUUGUUUACAGACAGAUUAUUUCACUUACAAUUCACUGUAUCACAAUUCCAGUGGGUCAGAAGUUUACAUACACUAAGUUGAAUGUGCCUUUAAACAGCUUGGAAAAUUCCAGAAAAUGAUGUCAUGGCUUAAGAAGCUUCUGAUAGGGUAAUUGACAUCAUUUGAGUCAGUUGGAGGUGUACCUGUGGAUGUAUUUCAAGGUCUACCUUCAAACUCAGUGACUCUUUGCUUGACAUCAUGGGAAAAUCAAAAGAAAUCAGCCAAGACCUCCACAAGUCUGGUUCAUCCUUGGGAGCAAUUUCAAAAUGCCUGAAGGUACCACGUUCAUCUGUACAAACAACAGUAUGCAAGUAUAAACACCAUGGGACCACACAGCCGUCAUACCGCUCAGGAAGGAGACGCGUUCUGUCUCCUAGAGAUGAACGUACUUUGGUGUGAAAAGUGCAAAUCAAUCCCAGAACUAUAUCAAAGGACCUUAUGAAGAUGCUGGAGGAAAGGUACAAAAGUAUCUAUAUCCACACUAAAACGAGUCCUAUAUCGACAUAACCUGAAAGGGCGCUCAGCAAGGAAGAAGCCACUGCUCCAAAACCGCCAUAUAAAAGCCAGACUACAGUUUGCAACUGCACAUGGGUACUUUUUAGAGAAAUGUCCUCUGGUCUGAUGAAACAAAAAUAGAACUGUUUGGACAUACUGACCAUCGUUAUGUUUGAAGGAAAAAGGGGAACGCUUGCAAGCCGAAGAACACCAUCCCAACCAUGAAGCACGGGGGUGGCAGCAUCAUGCUGUGGGGGUGCUUUGCUGCAGGAGGGACUGGUGCACUUCACAAAAUAGAUGGCAUCAUGAGGAAGGAAAAUUAGGUGGAUAUAUUGAAGCAACAUCUCAAGACAUCAGUCAGGAAGUUAAAGCUUGGUCGCAAAUGGAUUUUCCAAAUGGACAAUGACCCCAAGCAUACUUCGAAAGUUGUGGCAAAAUGGCUUAAGGACAACAAAGUCAAGGUAUUGGAGUGGCCAUCACAAAGCCCUGACCUCAAUCCUAUAGGACAUUUGUGGGCAGAACUGAAAAAGCGUGUGCGAGCAAGGAGGCCUACAAACCUGACUCAGUUACACCAGCUCUGUCAGGAGGAAUGGGCCAAAAUUCACCCAACUUUUUGUGGGAAUAUUGUGGAAGGCUACCCAAAACGUUUGUCCCAAUUUCAACAAUUUAAGGGCAAUGCUACCAAAUACUAAUUGAGUGUAUGUAAACUUCUGACCCACUGGGAAUGUGAUGAAAGAAAUAAAAGCUUAAAUAAAUCAUUCUCUCUACUAUUAUUCUGACAUUUCACAUUCUUAAAAUAAAGUGGUGAUCCUAACUGACCUAAGACAGGUUAUUAUUACUAGGAUUAAAUGUCAGGAAUUGUGAAAAACUGAGUUUAAAUGUAUUUGGCUAAGGUGUAUGUAAACUUCCGACUUCAACUGUAUAUACACUAUACACUACCAGUCAAAGGUUUUAGAAGACUUACUCAUUCAAGGGUUUUUCUUUAUUUUUACUAUUUUCUACAUUGUAGAAUAAUAGUGAAGACAUCGAAACUACGAAAUAACACAUAUGAAAUCAUGUAGUAACCAAAAAAGUGUUGAACAAAUAAAGAAUAUUUCAUAUUUGAGAUUCUUCAAAUAGCCACCCUUUGCCUUGAUGACAGCUUUGCACACUCUUGGCACUCUCUCAACCAGCUUCACCUGGAAUGCUUUUCCGACAGUCUUGAAGGAGUUCCCACAUAUGCUGAGCACUUGUUGGCUGCUUUCCUUCACUCUGCGGUCCGACUCAUCCCAAAACAUCUAACUUUGGUUGUUGGGGAUUGUGGAGGCCAGGUCAUCUGAUGCAGCACUCCAUAACUCUCCUUCUUGGUAAAAUAGCCCUUACACAGCCUGGAGGUGUGUUGGGUCAUUGUCCUGUUUCUCGCAGUUAUUUAUCACAGGAAAAGGGAGUGGGUUUGGGCAGGAAAUAUUGGUAACCCAUUUCCCGGUAUUCAACCCUAGUCAGGGAUCAGCGGUUUAUUGUUUAUGUUAGAGAGACUCAAAGGGAUCAUCACUCUCUCACACUCACACAUACUCACACAUACUCACACACACACACACACACACACACACAAACACACUAACUGUGCAUCAGUGAUUGGUCCUCAACUGAAUUCUCCUCUUCUUAUUAUCCAGGAAUGUCUGGGAAAGAAUUCUGUUGGUGGCGUUCCAAACAUUACGAUAAUUUCCCUGUGUCAGUUUAGGUGUGUAGGUGUGUGUGAGGGAUAGAGAGAAAAAAAGAGAGCAAGAGACCAUACACACCUGUGAUGUGCUCUGUAUGCUUGGCUGACAGUAUCUGUUACACAGUUUUAUAAACUCUACGCUUCUUCUUUGCGUGUGUUUAGCAGUGACAGAGAUGCGGCGGUGCUGACUGUGAGACUGGAGGGGAGUUUCUGUAGGAACCCAGACAGAGACACAUACGGCCCCUGGUGUUACACUAACAGCACUGCUAUACCCUGGGACUACUGCAGCAUCAAACCAUGUGAGUCUCACUCUCUCUCUCUCUCUCUCUCACGCACGCACGCACGCACGCACGCACCCACCCCACACACACACACAACUGCUGUAGUGGCAUUGUCAUUGAGACCUCCAUCUUGUGUUUCAUCCUCUGACAUACAGGUGAACCAUCAGAGAACACCAUUCCACAGAGAGGUCAGUCCCUCAACUUACGCCUUCUGGUUUUCAUGUUUUCAUCUUGUACCUCUUUGGGUAAAACAUUUUUUUAGUUUCCUCUUUCUCAACUUAUCAGUGGAGGUGUCGUGUUUCAUCCAUAAGAGGACCAGGAUAGUAGGAGGAGCUCCAGUCGCCAUUACAGAUGGAAGCUGGAUGGUCAGCAUACAGAAAGGGUACACACACACAAACACGCAACUGGCUUUGUUUCUCUGUGUAAUAUAGGUAUAAACUGCUCUUGUGGCAGAUGUAUACUGACCAUCUGUCCCAGUGUUGGUUUUAGUAAAGGUCCAUCCCCAGUGUGUGAUAUCGUGUGUUGUGUUCCUUCACCAGGUCCAGUCACUGGUGUGGAGGUUCUCUCAUACGAGAGGAGUGGGUUCUUACUGACAGACAGUGUUUCUCCUCAUGGUAACUGCACCUCUCUCUCCCGCUCUAUAUUUCUCUUUAGCUCUUUUCCUUUCUUCCUCUGUCCCUCCUUUACUAUUGUGGCAGACCAGGGGGUUUGAGCUAGACGUUUACUCAGAUCAGACACAAGUGUGAUACCUCAGUUUCAAGGGUGUUUAUUUAAAAUAAUAAAGAAAAAUAAAAGAAACAGGUCUCCACCAGGAGACCUCUUCCAGGUUACCGCCUUCUGAGCUCUGGGGAAUGCUGUCUCCUCUGGGGUAGACCACCGAGCCACUCGGUUCUAGCAGACUGUGAGGCCUUCUAGCCGGUAGCAAGCUCUCACUACCUCCAACUCUCCUGUGUGCUGCCCUCCUGGAAGCUUUAUGGGCCCUGUAUGGCUGGUGAGCAAUCAGCCCCUUGAUUACUCACCAGCCUCAAUCAUCCCCAAUUAGUCCUGGCCGGAGGACCCGUCGAGACCUGGCACGUCCAGCAGAGGGAGCCACUGACGUGUGAUGUAGACUCCGUCUUUCACCAGGCCUCGACGAGUCUCCCCCUGGUGGCUUCUCCACGGUACGUCACACCAUACUUACAUCUACCUGUCUCCACCCAGCGUUCCAGACCUGAGUGAGUACCGUGUGUGGUUGGGUGUGUCAGACCUCCGUGGCUCGGCUCCUAACGGCUCCUUCAGACAGGAAGUCUCCAUCUCCCAUGUGGUCUGUGGUCCUGAGGGCUCCAACCUGGCCCUCAUACGGCUGGCCCAGUGAGUAUACAAACACACCUGGUCGUUUUACAUACGUGUUCUACUCCUGAGAUAACUUUUUGUUGAUAUGAUUCUGUCUUUCUCUCUGUAAGGCCUGCCCUCCCUGCAGACAGUGUCCACACCAUUCAGCUGCCGGUGGCUGGGUGCUCUAUUUCUGAGGGUACGAUGUGUAGCAUGUAUGGAUGGGGCGAGACCAAAGGUACACACACAUACCAUCACACCCAUCAGGAUUUUAUCAUCUAGAUAAGGAACUGGUUACUCAUUAGCUCUACUGAUGUCCCAUUGUCAUGACAAAAAUCCCCCCCUUCUCUCUCUCUCAGGGACGGGUCAUGAAGGUGUACUGAAGGUGGUCCAUCUGCCCAUGGUCAGUAAUGAGAGGUGUAGAGAACAACACAGAGGGAACCUCCACAUCACAGACGCCAAGAUCUGUGCUGGGGGGAGGAGGGACGAGGGGGUCUGUGAGGUAAGGAGGCUGGUGAACUGCUAAUGAAAUGUUCUGCACUGAAACACUUGAACAGAGAUUGCUCUCCCAGGAGAGUACUGUAUUUCCUUACUAAUGUAUGUUUUAUGUCUCUCUCCGUCAGAGGGACUAUGGCGGCCCCUUGGUGUGCCAGGAAGGAGAGAGCAGGGUCAUAGUGGGGGUCAGUGUCCAUGGCAGAGGCUGUGCCCGCGCCAACCGCCCUGGCAUCUUCAUCAACGUCCCCUUCUACACCCAGUGGAUCCACAAGGUGUUCAGACACUACCCUGAACCUCAGAUCAACUAG